GAUUACGAUAAACUAAAGGGGAGAUCCUGACUAGACUGGGAGUGACCGAUACCGUGAGGGCACACCGCUUCCACCAGUGGUCCUACCGACCUGGACAACCCCCACGAACACAGAUGUUCGACUUGAUUCACCUGGCACGGAAAUGGUUGCGACCAGAGACCCGGUCAUCUGCCGAGAUUGUCGAGACCAUCGUACUCAACCAGUUUCAGCGAGGUCUACCCCAAGAAGUGAGACGAUGGGUUGGCCAGAACGAGGUAUUUUCCGCCGACCAUCUCGUGGGCCUGGUUGAACGGUAUUGUACGGCAAGAACAGCUGAGCAGGCACAGGAGGAAAGAUUCCCGUUCCCCAGGCAUGGGCGAACCAGCAGACAGGGUAAGGCUGUCCCAACAUAUAGAGGGGGAAGAGAGCAGCGUGGGGCCAUGAGGAAAGAAUCAGAAUCAGGCCAAGACACUAAGGGAAAAAACGGAAACCGGGACUGGGUGUCGAGGGGGUCUCCCCCCCGAACCUCUAUUAUCUGUUACAAUUGUAAUCAACCAGGACAUAUUGCAGCCUAUUGCCCUAUUAAAGAAGAGCCAAUGCAAUGUAACCUCGGUGAAAAUGAAGAUGAUAUACGGUAUGCAUGUCCUGUUGUAACCACUGUACUUGAAAGCUCAAGAAACAAACAUAUGUGCAGGGUGAAGAUUGAAGGGAAAGAGGUUGAAGCACUGCUGGAUUCCGGCAGUAUGCUAACCCUGGUCGUUGCAGGCCUAGUGCCAAAUCAUAAACUGGAUACAAGACAGGAUAUCAGUGUUACAUGCAUUCAUGGGGAUACCCGUCUGUACCCCAUGGCCUUAGUGAGCAUACAAACAGAGGACGGUCUGCUGGAUUAUGAGGUCGGUGUGGUCCCAAAGAUGCCAUAUGAUGUAAUAUUGGGUAGAGACUUUCCUAACUUUGCGAAGUUAGGCCACAAGAAUGGCAUAUUUGAGAAUCCAACAACCCCGACCAAGCAGGAAGAAGCAUGGGGCCUUCAACCAAAGCCAAGAAAAGAGGUCUCCCAGGGGACAACAUCACAGGUGCUAGUAGGGGAGGCGGAGGAUGAAGUGGCAAACCUCGCUGAUGACGAACAGCCCGGUACUAGUGGGGCUGGGGUCGAUCUGAAUCCAGAGGACGACAAUAUAGAACCAGCAGACCUGGCAGAGUCCUUGACUAAUUUUGGGACGGCCCAAAACCAGGAUCCAACCCUGCAACAAGCCAGAGCAGAUGUGCAGGUCGUAGAUGGUACUCCCAUAAAUGGUGGGAUGAUGCCUAAUAGUUUUCCCCACUUCAUCCUGAAAAAGGGUUUGGUGUACAGAGUCUCGAAAAUAGGGGUUGAUGUGGUGGAACAGUUGUUGGUUCCCACUCGGUACCGGAGGACAGUACUGGAUCUAGCUCAUGGGCACAUUCUGGGUGGACACCUUGGUAUCGAUAAAACCAGAGACCGGAUUGUAAGGAGGUUUUACUGGCCAGGAAUUCAAGCUGAAGUGGCUCGGCAUUGUGGAGAGUGCCCGGAGUGCCAGUUAACAGCUCCCCGACCAGCUUUUAGAAGCCCGUUAGUGCCACUCCCCAUAAUCGAAACGCCAUUUGAGAGGAUAGCGAUGGAUUUAGUGGGCCCACUACCCAAAUCCGCCAGAGGGCACCAAUACAUUCUGGUCAUUCUAGAUUAUACCACUCGCUACCCAGAAGCCAUUCCCCUUCGGACGAUGACUUCCAAAAAUAUUGCAAAGGAAUUAGUGCUCUUGUUCACCAGGGUAGGGGUUCCAAAGGAGAUCCUUACCGACCAGGGGACCCCCUUUAUGUCCCGCCUUAUGGCGGACCUUUGUAAACUGUGGCAGGUGAAACAGUUGAGGACAUCGGUUUACCAUCCUCAGACGGACGGGCUGGUUGAGACAUUCAACCGAACCCUGAAGUCAAUGCUCAGGAAGGUAAUCGAUAAGGAUGGGAAAAACUGGGAUUGCAUGUUGCCGUAUCUGAUGUUUGCCAUUAGAGAGGUUCCUCAAGCCUCGCUGGGGUUUUCUCCCUUUGAGCUGGUAUAUGGGAGGCAUCCCCGGGGAAUCUUAGACAUCGCACGGGAAACCUGGGAGCACCAAUCCACCCCGUAUACUAGUGUCAUAGAGCACGUCACGGCAAUGCAAGACAGGAUAGCCACAGUCAUGCCCAUCGUCAGAGAGCACAUGAGACAAACACAAGAACACCAGCGGCACACUUAUAACCGGCAGGCUACCCUGAGGGAAUUUCAACCGAGAGAUAAGGUGUUAGUGCUGAUCCCCACAGUAGAGUGUAAACUACUAGCCACAUGGAAAGGGCCAUAUGAAGUACUGGAGAGAAUAGGAGAAGUCAAUUAUCGGGUCCGACAGCCAGGUCGACGGCCCCAGGAACAGAUUUAUCACAUAAACCUGUUAAAAGCAUGGAGAGAGAGAGAAACACUAAUGGUCACAUACCCCACACACAUUCAGGAGACAGCCGAAGUAAAUAUUUCACCCACUCUGUCCCCAGCGCAAGUACAGGAAGUAAAGACCCUGAUCCAGAAAAACAGAGAUGUGUUUUCAGAGGUACCUGGCCGAACUGAGGUUAUGGCUCAUGAUAUCGUUUCCCUACCAGGGAGAAAAGUGAGUAUGAGGCCAUAUCGGGUACCCGAGGCUCGACGGGCCGAGCAGAGACUGAGAAAAUGUUGACAGCUGGAGUGGUUGAAGAGUCACAUAGUGAGUGGUCUAGCCCAAUUGUGAUGGUCUCCAAGCCCGAUGGGUCGUUGCGGUUCUGUAACGACUUUCGGAAGGUAAAUGAAAUCUCGAAGUUUGAUGCCUACCCCAUGCCCCGAGUAGAUGAACUACUGGAGAAAAUUGGUCAUGCUCGGUACAUUACGACCCUUGAUCUGACAAAAGGGUACUGGCAAAUUCCUCUGACCCCAGGGCCAAAGAAAAGACAGCCUUUGCAACACCUGACGGUUUGUUUCAAUACACCGUCAUGCCAUUCGGCUUACACGGGGCCCCAGCAACCUUUCAACGGCUCAUGGACAAAGUCCUAAAACCGCACAAGGCAUACGCCACAGCUUAUUUAGAUGACGUGGGGAUCUACAGCCCAGAUUGGGAAUCCCACUUACCCCGGGUACAGGCAGUGUUAGAUGCCCUUAGAAAGGCAGGGCUCACGGCAAACCCUGCCAAGUGUUAUGUGGGGUUAGAGGAAACAGAGUAUCUGGGAUACACUGUGGGAAGAGGGUUAAUCAAACCCCAACAUAAGAAGGUGAAGGCAAUUAGAGAAUUGCCGAAACCAGUAAAUAAGAAGCAGGUCCGAGCCUUCCUAGGGCUGACCGGUUACUACCGGAAGUUCAUCCCAAGUUAUGCCACAGUGGCCGCCCCACUUACCGACAUGACUAGAGCCAGAGGGCCAAACAUGGUCAAAUGGGAUGAAAGGGCCACCAAAGCAUUUAGGACAUUACAGGAGGCUCUCUGUUGUAACCCAGUGCUGGUGGUACCAGACUUUGAGAGAGAGUUUGUGGUUCAGACGGAUGCCUCAGAGGUCGGCUUGGGAGCAGUGCUAUCCCAAGAGGUAGAAGGGGUGGAACACCCCAUCCUGUUUUUAAGCAGGAAGCUGGAACCACGGGAAACCAACUACUCAGUCGUUGAGAAAGAGGCGCUGGCAGUAAAGUGGGCUCUAGAAAGCCUGAAGUACUACCUGCUGGGGCGCCACUUCACCCUCAUCAGUGACCAUGCCCCACUCACCUGGAUGCAUAGGGCUAAAGAGAAGAACGCUCGGGUGAUGCGGU